GAGUGCCAGAUGUGUGGAACCCACAGGGUACCAGCCCCUGCAUCCAUCAGUCACUUCCUGUGUAGCCCCCACCGCCCUGUGCCGAAAUUAAAAGGAGCUGAAAUCUGUGUUGGGUUGGGGACGCUGGUCCCGGUCUCGGGGUCACGGAGGCUGACUGGCUCCAUGCAGGGAGGACAGAGGGGAAGAGCUGCCCACACCUGCUGGUCCCAAGAUACCUCCCGGAGCAGAGUAGGCCUGCGUCUGCUGCCUAGGGGUCCAGCCGGCCGUGCUGAGCGACCCUGUGCUGCUGCCAUUUGCUCACGGCCCUCCCUGCUCAGACCGGGCGCUUUUCUGGACCUCAGGUGCUCUGCCCCCUCCCUGCCAAAGGUUCUUUGCUUUCUGUGACCUGAGCCUCCCGGGCUCCGCAGCCCCGGCCUCCGCAGCCCUGGCCUCUCCUGCUGUCCCGUCUCUUCCUCUACCUGCAGUGCAGCUGUGCCUUCCUUUCACUUCCCAACUCACUUAGCCAGCACGGAGUACAAGCCCUCAGGCCGACGCACACUCUUUCUCUGGACGUCCUCGCCGGCCCCUGUCUGCUCAUGUCUGCAGUAUCAGAACCACCCGCUCUGCGACCACCUCCCUCGCUGGGUGCUCAGCACCCCGUGGGCUGCACCUACCACACCAAAGCGUAGGCUUGGAUGCCCCUGUGUAUGAUGUCAUUCAUGAGAUACAUACAUGUUAUGCUGUACAUUUCAUAUGCAUGAGGGAAGCUGUGACUAGGAUGAGCCCACAGUCUCUGCACCCCCGAGUGUGUAGUUGGUGACCACUGCUCGCGGCCUCGUGCUCCAGCUCACGCACGGCCAUGGCCAGCCCCACUGCUCUCUUCUUUCCCUUCCAGAGGCGAUUUAAGCCCAGUUUGGAUCAGUACCCUGGUUGUUUCUGGCCCAGUCUGGAUGUGUCCUCUGACACCACCUGCAUGGGCUGCAGCCCAGCUGAAGGGACCUGGCUUCCCCUGCGUUCCAAGGCACCAGCCUCUGGGCCCCCUUGCGCUCUUCCUGCCCAGCGGCUUGCAGUGCCCCUCCUCAGAGUCCGCAGCAUCCUGCCUGGGGCUUCUCCUUAGGCUCCAGCUGAAGGGCUCUCUGCCGUCAGUGACCUGCAGGCAUCUUCAGAGCCACAGUUCUGUGAGGCUGAACUCACACCAACACUCCAGCCACUUCGUGCUCAGGGGUUUUUAAUUGUCACCAGCACCACAGCGUGGGAUGCUUUGAUCAGUCUGUGGAGAGGCGCUUCCCCAGACAGGCACCGGAGCCCUCCUGCUACAUGGAGCAGGACUGGGACUGAGUCCUCCAGGGCACUCAGUCCAAAGGGACUCGCGUAGCACAGGGAAUUUGCCUUGCUCCUCCAGCACUUUUCUCUUCUUGCUUUAAUGAAUAACCAGCCUCCUUCCCAGAGCCUCCGUGGUCCUAGCUGCACAGUGGCACCUGCUUGGGGUGAGCGUGAGGCCUCCGGUGCUGUGUCAAAGGAAGAGCGUGUCUUAUCUUCCAGCCAGCAUCGGCCGUGUGACCCAAUCUCAGCGAACGGUUCUUCCGUCAUCUUCCCGUUUGACAGGAUCGACGUACUUAUUGAAUGGAUAAAUGAAAGCACAAAACAAAAAGCUUGAGUUUCCACUGGUCUGGGACUCGUGAGGAGGAUGAGGGUUGUGAAGUGUGGGGGGCGUUGGCCCCAUACCUGGGGGGAGCCCGCUGCGGCUCUGGGCCUGGUCCAUCCUGCUCACUCUGGUCCGGCCUGGUGUGUGCUCAGGUCUACUCGCGUGGAUCUUCCAUUUCUGACCUGUGUCCCCUCUGGGAAUCCCCAGCCUUUCUGAGAGCUGGGGAAAACCUGCGCACUUUGGGGUUGGGGAAGAGUCUACGCGGCAGCCCCUGUCCCCCAGGAAGCCCGUGGCUACCAUGGCUUCCUGAGCGUUGGCCAGGGCCUGUCCUGGGUACAGGUGGGAGGAGCAGCCUCAAGACCCUGGGCUGCAGGCGUAAGGAGGGUGGUGCCCAGGCCCCGGCACAUGCUUCUGCCGGGGAGGCUUCCACCGCAGCUGCCCAGGUGCCCGGGGCUUGAGAGUGCAAGAGCGGUGUCUCCGUGGCCGGGGGGAGUGGCGCCUCCCUCCUUCUCAGUUCCCGUGACUCUCUGCAGCCCUGGGCUGUGCUCUCUGGGCUGUGUCUUCUCCUCCCUCCGUUUCCCGCCCGACACAGCUCACACGAUUCCGUCUCCCGGGCCAUAUUUCUCCUUAGCUGUGCCCAUGGUCUUUAGUUCUUCCCGACUUCUCUCUGGCCUAGUUCUUAUCCUCGGACCAGGGGCGGGGGUUAAGUCUCUCUCCUGCUGUCUCCUUCCCUUGCUAUUCUCCUUCGUCACCCACUGCAACGCUGGCUGCGGAAGACGGAGCUCGAAAUAUAAAGGAAGCACAGCAGUCUCCUGCGCAGAAGAGGCACCAGGUCUGUGUCCACCCAGCGUCUUCCAGGUGUCUCGUGUGACCAGGCAGUGUUUCGCGUGUGUGAGACACUGGAGAGCUGUGCGGAUAAACUGCAGGCACAGUGGUGAACAGCACGGGCAGAACAUGGUGCCCGGCAGGCGCCUGUCUGUGAAGAGCCUCUCUCGUGGUGGACAGUGGCUUGCCGCAGCCUGUGCCUGGGCAACCCCCAUCCGGGUGGGAUCCGGCCCCUCCAGGAGGGCUGUGACUCGUCUGCCUCCUGAAUGCUCGGGGUGCCUCAGGGGGAUCAUUUCCCAUUACCUGGUGGCGUGGGGUGGGACCUGUGCCUUUCAGCCAGCUGACAGCACCAAUGGCUGUGUCAGCCACAGCAGUGCCCUGCGCCCAUCGAGCCUGGUGGGGGGCAGGAGGGGCUGCACUCUGCUUCCCCGUGGCCUUACCUCUGCCUGCACCCCGGCUGCAGGAUCAGACUCCACAGAUGGAAAGGGGGAUGAGGGACUGUGGCCGUGCCAGCGGCUGGGCCUGGCGGGGUCUUGCUCUUACGGCGCACUUGGGUGUCCUGCUUGA